AUUUCCUUCUGCACAAUAGCUAUCUCUUGUUCUUCGUUUGCUAAGUAACUGUUUGAAAGCUUGUUAAUACUAUUCACUUGUGAUGUUACUUUUUUCGUUUCGUAUGAUGCUUAGCGUGAUUGAUGUCAUUAGAUGUAAUUAUUUUUUCUCCCACCAAGUAUAAUCACUUUCUUUCUUCUUAUUUUCAUUUUUUAAUAAUUCUGUACUUCAUGAGUUACACCUUUGUCAAGCUAUGUUUAGUAUGGCUACCUUGUUAUGACUUCACUCCAGGCUUACUGUCCCAAAGGACAAAAUGCAACCCAGAAGUGUGCACUAUAAGCCUUUAAAAGUGAGGCAAACAGAACUUCUGAACUUUCCAUAUAUAUUCUAUGGGUGCCAUUGCUGUUUGGGUACAUAUUUGGAGGCAAGAUAUACUUGUAAGACGUUGUAGGCAGUGUUGUUGGGCACGAUGAGAGAAAACUGGUUUGGAUGGCUUGGCCAUGCGUUGCAAACAUUGUAAGUGUACCAGCGGGAAAGGGUGAUAUGGUUCAGAUUGAGGGUGUUGCAAAAAGAGGUCACUGGUAGCAUAAUAUGUUAUUAUUUGGAUUAUUAUUUUGUAAUUAUUCUAUGCUUUAGGGCUCCCUUGUAAUUAUUAAUCUUUAUUAUUAUAAAUAGGGAAUGAUAUCCUAAUCAUUCCCUAAUCUUGGAAUUCUCUGAAAAUAACAUGGUAUCAAAGCAAAAUCCGAAAACCUAAAUUCCUCACCUAUACAGUCGUCAGUCACCACUACAGAGCCAGGCGUCACACCCCUUUGGUUUUCGUCCCAGAGCCAGUUGUCAACAGAGCCAGUCGACACACAUAGAGCCACCACAGGGCCAGUCGUCGUUGAGCUCUCCCAGCCCAGUUGGCCACUACAGAGCCAGUCAUUGGGCUCUCCUAACCCAGUCGACCACUGCCGUCAAGCCUCCUGGCGUUAGCGUUGUUGGUGAGGGAUGAGAAAGGGUGAGUUCGUUGUCGUUUGUCCCUGUCGUCUGUCCCUAUCGACACCUAAACCUCUGCUUCGCUGAGUUACGUGAUAUGUAAGCUGAGUUACAUUUUGUGGUCUAUAUUCAACAACUAAACGUCUGCUUCGUUUUUCCCCUUUAAUCUAAAAAAAAAGAAAAAUGCAGUAAAGAAAAAAAAACAAAAGAAAAAAAAGGGUUGAUGAAAUUUUUAAGUCUUUAAUUUUUCUUAGUAGUCAAUGUGUUUGUAUUCCUCCACUGUCCGGGUUUGUGAUUGACACUAGUUUUGUUGAGGGUUCGGUAGUACAGUAUCUAUGGCAGAUUCUACCGAUGUGUCCACUACUUCUCAGACACCUAGGAGUGAGAGUUUCCCUAUACCUACUACAAUGACUGAUAGGCCCAACCCUAGUCUUAAAAUUACUACCUCUCUAUUUAAUGGUCAGAACUGUCUUGCGUGGUUACAGAGUUUGAUUAUGUUUUUGAAUAACAGAGGGAAGAUGGGGUAUGUGGAUGCCGGAUAUAGGCACCUAGCACAACUGACCCGAGUUAUGACCAAUGGGAGAUUACCAACUAUUUGAUUAUGGGUUGGCUUAUUCAUUUGAUGGUGCCAGACAUUGGCGAUGGCUACUUCUCUAUGGAGACUGCCCAGGAUGUUUGGGAUGCCGUGGUUACCACCUAUUCUCGCAAAGGGAAUUUCUCACGAGCAUUUGAGUUACGCCGCUCUAUUGAGAGCUCUGCUUAGGGGGAGCAGACAGUUCUUUAGUACUUCACCUUCUUCACUAAUGGCUGGAAAUGCCUUGAUCAACUGCAGGAUUAUAAGCCUAUUUGCACUGCUAAUUCAGUUGGGUACCGGAAGUUUAUUGCACAGGAAAGGGUCUUAAGUUUUUUGGCUGGUCUCAAUGUGGAGUAUGAUCCGGUUCGGAGUCGAGUUCUGAGUAUGUACACUCUUCCUUCACUUCAGGAGGCAUUUGCCUAUGUACAGAAUGAGGAGAGUCGCUGGUCUGCUAUGAUGUCCCCUGUCUCUACCGACCGCUCAGCAUUACUGUCUACCUCUAGAGAUGGCCUCAGCCUGACUCCUAUCCCUCCGUCUGCCGCCAAGGAGUCUGUAUUCUGUGAUUACUAUAAAAAGUCGCGGCAUACUCGUGAGACGUGUUGAAAGUUUCAUGGGAUUUCAUCCGGGGAUCGAGGUGAUCGGUCUGGUACUAGAGGAGGUCGGUCAGGCUAGUCUUGAGAACGUGGCUCCCAUCCACGAGCUCAUCAGUUUAGUGUCGUUGAUACACUUGAUACUACUUCCGCUUCCGUUGGCCAGGCUUCUGAUGGUCUCUGUGGCAUGACUACUCCUGAGCUUGAGGAUGUUCUGUGUCACUUGCUGGACCGCCAGUCUUCUACUGCUCUCAGUACAUCUUUCUCGUCGUUUGCCCGCUCAGGUAAUUUAGUCUCUUCUCCUCAUGUUUUCCUAUCUUAUAAGUCUUUGUCCUAGAUUAUUGAUUCUGGUGUCUCAUAUCAUAUGUCUGGAUUCUUUGACCUUUUCUUUGCCUAUAAGCCAUCUUCAGGUCAGGACAAAGUUAGGAUCAUAGAUGGUACUGUUUCUUCCAUUUCUGGGAAAGGUUUAAUCCAUGUCACUCCUACCACACCUCUAUCUUCUGUUCUCCAUGUUUCCAAUUUUUCUGUUAACCUGUUAUCCUUGAGUCGUAUUAACUAGGAUUUGAAUUGUAGUGUGACGUUUUUUCCUGAUCAUUGUCUUUUUCAGGACCUUGUCACGAGGAGGACGAUUGGCAGUGAUAGUGCAGAAAAUGGUCUCUACUUCCUGAAUCAACCGGACAAGCUUGCUUAUUCUUCCACCACGAGUCCUACUACCCAAGAUGAUUUAUGGCUGUGGCAUUGGCGUCUUGGGCAUCCUUCUUUUUAUUUACUUAAGCAUUUAUUUUCAUCUGGUUUCGCAAACAAUAAUAUGUCUGAGUUUCUUUGUGAGUCUUGUCAACUUGGAAACAACACGGAGUUUCUUUUGCUCCCAGUUUUAAUAAAAGUUUAGUUCCUUUUUCAUUAAUACAUUCUGAUGUUUGGGGUCCCUCUCGUGUUAUGUCUGUGAAAGGUCAUCGAUGGUUUGUUACAUUUAUUGAUGAUUUUUCUCGUACUACUUGGGUGUAUCUCAUGAAAGACAAGAGUGAGGUUUUCUUUGUAUUUCGCAAUUUUCAUCAAUUGAUUUGUACUCAGUUUGGGGCCACUGUCAAAAUAGUCCGUUCUGAUAAUAGGGGUGAAUACAUAGAUUCUGGGUUAGGGCAAUAUUUUUCUACUCAUGGCAUUAUCCAUCAGACCUUUUGUACCAAUACCCCUCAACAAAAUGGGGUGGCGGAACAUAAGAAUCGCCAUCUUCUUGACAUGGCUCGAUGCAUGUGUUUUUCUAUGAGUGUGCCUCGAUCCUACUGGGGCGACGCUGUUCUUACCGUUGCCCAUCUUAUUAAUCGUCUUCCUACCCAGGUUUUGCAAAAACAAGCUCCUCUUCAAGUCCUCCUCGUUCCCAACCCUUGUUUUUUAUUCCUCCCAAAAUAUUUGACUGUGUCUGUUUUAUUCAUAAUCACUCUCCUACUCGUGGUAAGUUGGACCCUUGCUCCUUUAAAUGUGUUUUCCUUGGUUACUAUUCUACUUAAAAAGGGCAAGUUUAUGUCAGAGACAAAGACAGACAGAAAGUUAACUGGAUACAAAAGGCCAUUUCUGUUCCUCCACUGCCAUCUCCUACUUCUGAUGAGAGUCCAUGUAACUUUGAAUCUCUUGAGUCUAUUGAUCUUGAUAUUCCUAUUGCCAAGAGAAAGGGCGUGAGAUCUUCUACUCAACAUCCUAUUUCACAUUUUGUGUCCUACUCUCAUUUGUCAUCCUCAUAUAGAGCGUUUGUGUCAAAUAUUUCAUCUGUUAGCAUUCCUAACCAUUUUCAGGAUGUUCUUGCUACCUCUGAGUGGAAAUUUGCUAUGAUUGAGGAAAUGAAAGCACUUAGAAAGAAUGACACUUGGGAAUUGAUUGAGUUACCUGCGGACAAACGACCUGUGGGAUGCAAAUGGGUGUAUACUGUGAAACACAAAGUGGAUAGUUCUAUUGAGCGUUAUAAGGCAAGACUUAUGGCAAAAGGGUACACUCAGACAUAUGGCGUUGACUAUCAGGAGACCUUUGCACCCGUGGCUAAGAUGAAUUCAGUUAGAAUACUUCUCUCUCUAGCAGCUAAUCUAGAUUGGCCACUUCAUCAGUUUGAUGUAAAGAAUGCCUUUUUCCAUGGUGACCUCAAACAAGAGCUAUAUAUGGACAUUCCUUCUGGUUUUGGGAAUCAUCAGACAGAAGGCAAAGUAUGCAGGUUUCAGAGGUCAUUAUAUGGUCUCAAACAGUCUCCAAGGGCUUGGUUUGAGAGAUUCACUCAAGCUAUGCUUAAAUAUGGCUUCAAAUAGAGUCAGACAAAUCACACCUUGUUUGUGAAACAUUCCUCACGUGGUAAGACUACAACACUUAUUGUUUAUAUAGAUGACAUAGUUCUUACGGGCGAUGAUAGUGACGAAAUAAGUCUGUUGAAGAAAUAUUUAGCUAGUGCGUUUGAAAUCAAAGACUUGGGAAGCUUGAAGUAUUUUUUGGGAAUUGAAGUUGCUCGCUCUAAGGAUGGGAUAUUUAUUUCACAGAGAAAGUAUGUGCUUCACCUGAUGAAGGAAACUGGAAUGCUUAGCUGCAAGGCCUGUGACACUCCACUGGAACCCAAUCAAAAAUUGGGGGAUGAUGAAGGAGGAGGAGUUGUUGAUAGGGGGAGCUAUCAGCGAUUAGUGGGUAAGCUCAUUUACUUAUCUCACUCCUGUCCUGAUAUUACUGUUGCUGUCAGUGUAGUUAGUCAAUUUAUGCAUGCUCCUCGUCAGAUUCACUUCGAGGCUGUCAUGAGAAUUUUGAGGUACUUGAAAUCUGCUCUUGGUAAGGGUCUUUAUUUUUCAAAGUAUGAUCAUCUUCGUGUGGAAGCCUAUACAGAGGCUGACUGGGCUGGAUGAGUAACUGAUAGGAGAUUGACUUCAGGGUAUUGCACCUUUGUUGGAGGCAAUCUAGUUACUUGGAGGAGUAAGAAGCAUAAUGUGGUUGCCAGGUUAAGUGCAGAAGCUGAGUUUAGAGUUAUGGCACAAGGAGAGUGUGAGCUCUUAUGGAUCAAGUUAUUGUUGAGUGAUCUAGGUAUUGGUCAGAUGGACUCCAUGCAAUUAAUGAUCUAGGUAUUGGUCAGAUGGACUCCAUGCAAUAUGUUGUUGGAACAGGGUUUUAAGAGUUUAUAUGAGAAAGCUUCAAGCAGUUCACAUGUCAGUGCUCAUAUUGCAAUCCUGGCUUCUAUUCGAGAUAUAUGGAAGCUAGUUGUUAAGGAGCUCACAAGUUGGGUGAUCUAUUCAAACGAGGAGAGGAAGUUCAACAGAGACAUAAUUGUUGGACUUAUUCACAAGGACUUACUGAACCUCACAGAAUACAACAUGCACAUGGCAAAACUUAUUGAUGCUGGGAGGAAUAAAUCUGCUACAGAAUUUGCAAUUUCUCUUCUCCAGACUUUGUUGAUUCAGGAGUCAAGCGUUAGUGUAUCUGAACUUCCCAAUUUGGUUGAUGUGUUGGCAAAGGUUGCAACUAGACCUGGAGCUUCUGACUCUUUACAACAGUUGGUCUACAAGGAAUCCUGCUGCUAAUGCAGCAUUUCUUUCUGGGUUUUCUCUUGGCAAGGAUGACAAGGCUAAACCAUCCAGAGAAAAGAAGGUAUCCACGCUAUUUGCAGAAUGGUACAAAAUAUAUGAACUGCAUGGUACAAAUGAAGCAACUUGUACUCGCUUUCUCUCACAACUGCAGCAAACUGGUUAUUUUAAUGGAGAUGACAUGUCUGAUCGUUUCUUCCGUCAUCUCAUGGAACUUUCUGUCGCAUUUUGUCUCUCAACUGAGGGGAUUAGUUCCAGGUCCUUGUCUUUCCAGUCUUCUCAAUCAUCACAGAACCUAUCAUUUCUUGCCAUUGAUGUGUAUGCAAAGCCUGUUGUUUUUUUUGAAGAACAUGAGUUUAAUGCUGCAUAUGAAUUUGGCAGAUAUUAUCAGUGAGUCAUUCAAAAAGAUGCUGAGGAAAAGAGAGCAUCUUUUAAUCCGAGGCCAUAUUUCAGGUUGUUCAUUAACUGGUUUUUCAAUCUUCUUGCUCCUGAUUCCAUCCUAGAAGGUUGUAACUUUCAGAUCUUCGCUGGUUUGGAAUUGUCUGAUCUGUUUAUGGGUUUCCUAAACAGCCCGCUUACUGUAAUUUAAGACACUUGUACUGAUUUGGAGUUUCAUCAGCUCGUGUAAUACUUCAAUUAUUGAGAAGAUGUUUUAAGAAGCCAGUUCUGUGCUGGUUUGAAUUAAUUUCUGGUGACCUUUGUACUUUUUUAAUAUACUUUUUCUCACAUUCUAUUAAUUUGCCUUUUUUUAAUUAAAAAACAAUAAUUUAC